AUGCAUUGUAGCAUAGCCCGUGUUGCUGCUCUCGUGGCGGCGCUGGUGGUUUGGUCAAUUUUCGGCCUGGGGCUGCGAUGGCGCGAGCUCGCGGAGCUAAGCCAGAUAGAUCCGGCUGCGAGCCAGCUCAAGGUGUUGAUGGUUCGUACCAUCGGGCGCUCGGAGGUGGAAUUCACCAAAGAUGAUAUCAGAUCCUUGGCUAAGAAGACCAGCGGUAUUCAAACCGCCAACAUGUCCCACUGCGCCGCCCGAAAGGGACCGGGGCCGAAAGCCGAGUUGCUACAGGAUCUGCCGCCGGAGCAGUGGCCCGCAGAUGUUGUCUGCUAUGCAGGCAUCACCCACUUGCGAGUUGACUUGCAUGUGAUCCUUCUGGUGUGGGAUAAGGUUGAUUUCAUUGAUACAUCUGACCUCGACUUGAACGUAUCGGUGAUCUACGCACCGAAAACCCGCAAGAUCAACGCUUGGUUGCGUCAUCUGUCUGAAACGGCGGUGUCAGCCUACGACUAUCUGUGGCUGGCAGAUGGAGAUGUGAAUAUCUCGAUGGUGAACUGGUUCGCCUUUUGGACACAGAUGCUGUAUUUUCACCCGCAGGUUGCCCAGCCUGUCGUGUUGGGGAAGGAUAGACGGGAGAUUCAUGACAGGAUGGCAAACUGGAGAAGCCUAAAAAAAGGGGAAUUCUUUAAGCUUUUCGGCCACCGCACGAGCGACCACGACAUCCUGCAAAUUCCACCUAGCAAAAACGGGUGGAUUCUUGAUCCCACCUUGAUCGCUGCUGAGGUUGGGAUCGUUGAGAUAAUGACGCCGAUGCUCACUCCGCAGGCAUGGAUAGCUUUAAGAGACGAGCUGCUUAGAAAUAGCAAGGCCAUGCAGUGGAUUGGUGAAGGCGCCACAUGGUGUGUGGAUGUCCGGUGGUGUGACUUGGCUCGUGCUGCGCUUGGUCUGGAAGUCGCCCAGAAACCGGACGUCUGUAUCGAGAGCGGGGAACAGAUGUUUCACAAGAAACAAGGGCGUGGUCCCGGCGAGCGGCUGUGGGAGCCCCGCGACCUGCCUGCCUGUUUGGUAUUCUAUCAGACACCUGUGCGUCAUCACGACUAUCGCUCGCUGAACAAAUCCGGAGACUUCCACUCCAAGAAUGUCAACUUGUGCAGCGAACUUGAGGCGCAGGUGACGGAUACCACAAGUCGGUGCGCAUAUCGCGCUUUCUACGAGUCAGAUCUUGGAGCCAGCUUGGGGUUCGAUGGGAGCAGCACGACCUUGCCAAACAGAGAGUUUUGCGGCAACCUUAGGAGCCGGCGAAGAGGUGCGCACCUCGGUGGGCUGUCGCAGCCAGCUGGAAGCUGGAUGACGGUGGCACACAUCCUGGAUUCGACAGCCGCCUCGCCUCAGCAGCUUUACAUCGCGCGCAGGGCAUUGAGAUCCUCCUACAGCGGCGGCAGCGGUAGCACCUUUCCCGUACUGGCGCUGGACUCGGUGAAGUCGGAGAAGAGCGGAGAGGCCUUGGCGGCGCCCUUCCUGGAUCCGCAGAGGGACCCCUCGUCGGGCUCAAAGGUCUCCAAGACCCCAGCCUCCUCGAACAAGGAGGGCCUUGAGGAGAUCUUCUACUCCCCCUUCACUUUGCUGCUCGUCUUCGUUCCCUUGGGAGCCGCCUCGGAGACGCUCGGCUGGGGCGAUGGCUGGACCUUCGUGCUGAACUUCGUGGCCCUCCUGCCUUUGGCGAAGUUCCUGGGCGACGCGACGGAGGAGCUGGCCGUGGCCAUAAAGAACGAUGCGGUGGCCGGUAUGCUGAAUGCCACCUUCGGCAACGUGGUCGAGAUGAUGAUCACAGUCAACACCUUGAGGUCGCGAAAGAUGCCCUUCGUCGAGCGCACCAGCGUGGUGAAGUGCACCCUGCUAGGAUCGAUCCUAUCGAACCUUCUGCUGGUGCUGGGAAUGUCCUUCUGCUUCGGUGGCCUGACACAGGUGAAAGUUCCGGCGGCCACUGUUAUGGUUGGUGGGGAGAAGGAGCAGAAGUUCGCCAUGAAGGGCGUGAUCAUGAGCAUGGGCUUGCUGAUAUUUUGCUGCAUGUCCUUCGCACUCCCCACGCUGUUUGCGCAAGGCUACGAAAGCGACAUGGAGGACCUGCUGGACGUCUCGCGCUUCGGGGCGUUGCUCGUUGCCUCCGCGUACAUCGCCUUCCUGAUCUUCCAGCUCUUCUCUCACAAGCAGACACUAGAGCAGGAGGAGGAGUGUCUGAAAGACGACGGAGCCGAGGAAGACCAGGAGCGACCUCCUCUAGCCAUUUGGCUGUCUCUGACUAUGAUGGUGGUCGUCACUGUGAUCACGGAUAUCGUUUCAGACUACUUGUGUGAUUCGAUCAACGGCGUCACCGCGGCCAUGAAUGUUGACUUCCUCGGCACAAUU